CAGAGUGCGGAAACACUGAGCACACUGACUGCAAACACGGAAAUACAGUGAGCGAUAAACGCGUAGUUACAGUUUAUGUCCUUAAAUUACAUCCUACUCAAACAUCCGCGCAGGCAGACAGUGCAGCUGUAACACACAGCACGAUAGAGUAUUUGUAUUGUUUCUCUUCUUCUAUGGAUUUUUUGCCGUUUCUGUCAUGGGCCUGCAUCGUGUUUACAGUCGGGAUGUUCUCGACUGGACUGACCGACCUGAAGAAGAUGCGAGAAUCCAAAAGUGCUGACAAUAUCCAGUUUCUCCCUUUCCUCACCACAUGUCUUAAUAACCUGGGCUGGUUGUAUUACGGGAUCCUGAAGAGCGAUCGGACGAUCAUCCUGGUCAACAUUAUUGGAGCUCUCCUCCAGAUCCUUUACAUCAUCGUGUACUUCCACUACACAAAACAAAAGAGGCUGGUAACAACCCAGACUGUAGCAGCAGGGAUGGUUCUGACCUGCGGUUGGUUCUACUUCACCACGGUUCUCCCAGAAGGAGACGCUCGGCUUAACCAGCUAGGCCUCACCUGCAGCGUAGUGACCGUCAGCAUGUACAUGUCCCCGCUCACCAGCCUGGUAGAAAUAUUGCGCAGUGGUAAUGUGCAGUGCUUGUCCUUCCCUCUGACUGUAGCCACCUUGUUCACUUCAACUUCCUGGGUCCUCUACGGCUACCAGCUGAACGACUACUAUAUUGUGGUUCCAAACUCACCAGGAAUCAUCACGAGCCUCAUCCGAUUAUAUCUGUUUUGGAGAUUUGCAUCUGUUAAUCAGAGCUCACCUUCCUAUAAGCCUCUGCUUAUAUGAGGAUAUGAAAGAAGGUGGGCUGACACCGAUCUGUUGAAUCCAUGGAGGGCUGCAGCAAAGCUGUGCCAUCGCUCGUCUUGUAUUUUUAAUCAUACAAAGAGACAGAGUGGAGGGAAACUAACUUUUCUUGAAUGACACAAGUGAAGUGGGCAUAAUGUCUUGUGAUUGGUGACAUAAUCAUUUCGGGGAGGUAUAUCUGUUACUCAGUUAGGUGGAAGAAUUAUGAUGUCUUCAGUUUUUUUUUUCUGCAGUUCUGUGUGUCCUUUAAGUGCCUUGUGUUAGAUCCUGGUUGUCAUUAAAAAUCAAUGGCAUUUUCUGAUCUACCAACACGUCAGGAGACUUACUAUCUGUUCACAGUCCGGUGAAUUGAAUCAAAUCUUCCUCACCUCAUACUAGCCAAAGAUUUUGUGGAGUUGUAACUUUUCUGGCUGCUAUUUUAAUAUUACAUAUAGUUGCUCUUCCCUGGUACUUCUGUAUGGAAUAAUGUAGUGUAUAGUUUCAUAUUUUUCCACACAGCCUGGUGAGGCAAUGGUGAUUUCAUAACUCUUCAGAGUUGGUACGCAUGUCUCACUAUCACUGUGCAGCCAGAAUAUUGAGUCAUAUCCGUGGAGGUAAAUUAUAUUUGUUCAGAAUUGUUUUCUAUAUAUUUUUCGUCUUUUUGAUACAGACUGAGUACGGUCCAAGAUAAAAUACUGUCUAACUAUAUUAUUAAUGUUAUUUUUAUAAGCUCUUGUAUAUGAGAUUAGAUACAAAAUAAGAAAUUAACACCACAGGAUUUGUUUACAAGAAUAAAUGAUGUGUGUGUGUGAUGGGUGUCAUGGGUAAUAGAGUUUUGUUAAUUUUCUCAUUAUUUUCUGUAAUAAGAACAUAUGUUAUGCAAAUGAAACAGCUGAGUGUCAGUGCUGAUUCGCUACACUUCUGAUGGAUGUAAGGUCUUUAAAGGUGCCACGUGAAUAAAUUUGUAUCUUAACAAUC